GCGGGGAGCAGAGGAAACCAGUGCCCGGGGAGCGGAAGUGGUACUGCCCUGAACGAUACGAGAGACGGAGGACGGAGGCUCGAUCGUCCACUCACAGGAGAAAAAAAAAAGCAGGAUUAAAAGUCACCGAUAUUCCUAGAAAAUGGAUAAGAACGACCUGGUACAGAAGGCCAAGCUUGCUGAGCAGGCUGAACGCUACGACGACAUGGCCGCGGCCAUGAAGUCCGUGACGGAGCAGGGGUCGGAGCUGUCGAACGAGGAGCGCAACCUCCUCUCCGUCGCCUACAAGAAUGUGGUAGGAGCACGCCGCUCAUCCUGGCGUGUCAUCUCCAGCAUUGAGCAGAAGACCGAGGGCAAUGACAAAAAGCAGCAGAUGGCACGUGAAUAUCGGGAGAAGAUAGAAAGUGAGCUGCAGGAAAUCUGCCAGGAUGUGCUCGGGCUACUGGACAACUUUCUCAUUGCCAAUGCAUCUGCUGCUGAGAGCAAGGUGUUCUAUCUGAAAAUGAAGGGCGACUAUUAUAGAUACCUGUCUGAGGUUGCAUCUGGGGAGAAUAAGAAGGAGACGGUGGAUAACUCCCAGCAGGCGUAUCAGCAAGCUUUUGACAUUAGCAAGGGGGAGAUGCAGCCAACGCACCCCAUCAGGCUCGGCCUUGCCCUGAACUUCUCAGUCUUCUAUUAUGAAAUCCUCAACAACCCGGACAAGGCCUGCAGCCUGGCUAAGACGGCAUUUGAUGAAGCCAUUGCUGAACUUGACACUUUGAACGAGGAUUCCUACAAAGACAGCACCCUGAUCAUGCAACUACUAAGGGACAACCUGACUCUGUGGACAUCAGAAAACCAGGCAGAUGAGGGAGAACCCGGAGACGGGGAAAACUAAUGGAAUUGCACUGUUAAUCCACCUACACUCUUAUCUUAAACACAGACAGCUUAUAUACAUCCCCCUCCACUCCAUCAGCCCCUCCCUCUUCUGUAUGACAAGCAGCCUGAAUUGCUCCUGACCAACUAGUUUACCCCUCUCAGUUCACUGUGAGGCGACAGGGUCAUUUUCAGUUGUUAGCAGAUUCAGUCACUUUGUGGAAACAUGUUGUAUUGAUUAGUGAGUCCAUGUUGCUGUUGUUUUUUUGUCGGCUUUGUUUUUAGGUCUGUAUGUAGUGAGCGAGCGUGUGUGAAUGGAUGCGAGAGAUGGUGCGUAUGGUCUCGGGGAGGGGAGGGGGGUGUUGUGAAUUCUAAUCGUCCUUCCAAAUUCCUUUGUCCCAGCUAGUUUGUUGUGCAUUUUUAAUCCCCAUCUUUUUGUUACUUUUCUUUUUUUUUUUUCUUCUUUUUUUUUGUGAUUCCUCAUGAUAUUUACAGGUUCUAUUGUAUGGUAAUUAAACUGGCAGUUGAUUUCCACCAAACACUGUGAUGGUAGGCGUUCCAUUUGCUUCACAACCCCCCCCCUAAAAAAAAAAAAAAAAUACAGUUUUAUGUUUGAAUUUCCAGACAUGUACAAUCCUGUAUUCAACUAACUGCAAUUCUGCUGUGGGCUCAUACAGAAAGGAGGCAGGCUGUAUUGUGACACUGACAUCUUGGUGUAAUUCUCCUCGAUCAUGUUCACAAAUUCAGUUUUAAAGUUGCAAGGGACCCCUUCAAUUGUCAUGUUAGAUUUGUUCAGACAUAAGACAUUCCACAUUAUUAGGCUUUUGGAAAGGCAGUGCUCCUUUUUGUUUAUUUUGAACUAAGUAUGGAUUGUCAUUGGUAGUUUUACUCACUGUUCAGGUGCUGCUUGAUCUCAGUACAAUGAAAAUUGUAUGUGCGUAAAUGUGGUUCCAUGUAUUUUGCAAGAUUGACUAUCAUCUGUAUGUAAAACCUAAAGUAACCUUUUAUUGAUGUUAAUUGAAAAUGUCUUACCACACUGUAUCAACCCUGCUUGCAAAAUAUUCCUCUUAAAGCGGUUGUUUUCUCCAACAAAACAGUUUUUGUGCCUGGCUUUCUCUCACAGCCUCCUAGUUUCGUUUGUGGUGGCAGCAUUUGCGCGCCUUUUUUUUUUUUUUUUUUAAGUUCUGUUAAGAGGUUUGAGUUAGACCACGCAGAAGUCCAGGUUUUCAUCCAGGUGCAUCACUCUGCUGUGAAUGAUCACCUCUUGCCUCUGUAGGUGCAAUUCGGAGAAGCCCAUUUCAUCACUUUGGAAAGAAGCUCAGUGUCACAAUACCAUGCUAUCACCACUACAUUCCACAUUAUUGUAGUUGAAGACACCAUUCCACAUUAUAGCUGACGGUCUGUUUACUCUGACGAUGCUCCAAUGAAUUGAAAUAAUCUUCUGUUGAAAA